ACAACAGGAGGAUAACAACAGCAAUUCGGCAGCGGAUAAGUACGAUCCUGAAUCGGCAAUGAGUGCCGAUUUUGAUUCAGAUGAUGAGUAUAUGCGCGGCAUGAUGGAUCGCAAUCGUGACAACAUUAAGCGACGCAUCGAGUGUCGCAACGAGCUGAGCGAUGAGGAGCGAAGGGAGCGAGAGGAGGAGGCUGCCAUGGCAGCAGCGGGCGAGGGAAAUGAUCUCGAUCCGGACGAUAGAGAGACUCAGCGUCAGCGACGCAAGCGAGAGCGCAAAAGUCGUUGGGGAGAGAAGGAGCAGCUCCCAAGUGGCUCAAUUACUCAUACUAGCUUUGGCAACCAGAAUAAGCCCAUCUUGAGCACAAUCACCCGCAACGAUCCGGCUUUGCUGCAAUAUGCGCGUCUCAAUUAUGGAUCCACUCAGCUAUCGGAGGACCAAUGGAAGCAGUGUGAGGAGCACUACAAAGUCAACUUGUUAUACCAAGACAUGAUGCGUAAGCGUCAGGAGAUUGAUCGUUUGGCACGAGGCGGCAAGUUCAAGUACGAAUAUGACUCGGAUGAGGAUGUUGAUGGAGGCACAUGGGAGCACAAGUUGCGCACAGCCGAAAUGGAGGCGACACACUUGUGGGCCAAUGCGUUAACCAAACAGAGCGAGGGCAAGCAUCAUAUUGGUGAUUUUCUGCCACCCGAGGAGCUCAAGAAAUUCAUGGAGCAAUAUGAGGCGAAGAAAAGCAAUAGGCAGCCCGAUCUAAGCGAUUACAAGGAGUACAAACUAAAGGAGGAUAACAUUGGAUUCCAAAUGCUGCAAAAGCUUGGCUGGAAAGAGGGCCAAGGUCUUGGUCAAGAUGGUGCUGGCAUUGUGGAUCCUGUCAACAAAGCACCACAACGGGAUGGCAAUCAGGGUCUGGGCGUGAGCAGCGCUGUUCAGCCGGAGGAUUGCGAUAAUGAGUAUGAUGCGUAUCGUAAGCGGAUGAUGUUGGCCUACCGCUUUCGUCCUAAUCCUUUAAAUAAUCCACGUCGCGCCUAUUACUAGAAGAAUUAUAUGCACUGAUUAACUGAUGCUUUAUACUAUUUAUGAAACACUCUGAAUUCCCCAUUCAUAUCCAUCAACUAGACAUAUGUGUUGACUGCUGACCACAAUGAAAAUUUGCUAACGUUCUUUAACUGGAUUAUAUGCCACAAGUUG